AUGAGAACUAAUCUGGCAUGUUUUCCUCCUUGGAAUCGUUCCCUUAGGAAUGUUGAUGGCUCACACUCUCCAAUAAUUGAAGGAGAACUAGAUCCGAAUGAUGCAUGGCUAAUGCGCGCAGCAGGUGGUGAGGAAGAAGUUGAUGCAAAUGAGCUUCCGAUGGGGGCGGUUGCUGCUGCCCAAGAUGAUGACCAGUUAUCUUUUGAGGAUUCGGAACGCUUUGAAGAAGAUUCCCUUUGUUCGUGGAUGUCAGAUGCUGAAUCGUUAAAUCAGAAUUGGCGUGGAUGGAGUACGACGAGGAAUUCAACAGCACAGAAUGGAAUCGAGCGUACAUUUGGAGACGAAUCAGGUCCAUUGUUACCAAGUUCGUUGUUACGCUUCACUGGUGGUAUCACAUCACCAUCACAAUGUCGUCGACAUGCUCUAUCUACUUCAGCAACUACAACGAACCUAGUCUCCCCCGCUCCAACAACGAGUAUUAAUGCGAAUACAACAUCAUAUAAGGUGCGGAGCCUUGCCGAAAUAGCUGCUCGUGUUGCUGCACGGUGUUUCUCAUUUGUAAUGCUGGAGGCAUGUUAUCAUGCAAUCUCAGUUGAAAAAAGGCGGAUAAACCUAAAAAGUGGUGUGAAUGAUCGUUCCAUUAUAUUUGAAAAUGCUUUCGUGGAGCAUGCUGCAAUUCCUGACAAAUUUUUCUUAAGCAUAGUGCGUUGGUGCUUUCCUGAAAGCGAAGAAGAUGUCCGUUUAUACAGCUGUUUGGCAAAUGGCAAUGCUGAUGAAUUUGACAGAGGAGAAUAUUUAUAUCAAGCAAAUGCGGUACAUGAAGUAUUCCAAAUAGGUUAUCAUAUUUCGGCCGUAGUGAAUGCAACAAACUCAUCUUCUAUAGUUACUCCAACAAAUUCAUCAGCCCCUCCUUGCCGCACAAAGAUGACGUACAAUGUAUCAGUUCGGGUUGACAGAUGUCGCAUAGUAUCAUGUAGCUGCUCAUGCGCUUUCAAGGCAUCGUGGUGUCAACAUGUUGUCGCUGUUUGUUUAUAUAGAAUAAAUAAAGUUAACGAAGUCGAAUAUCGUGUUACUAUUUGGGACUCAAUCAAUGAACUUACAAAUGAAGAGUUGAAAAAAUUGGCCCAGUUUCUUAUAAAUGAUCUUCCUCGACAGUACUUGCCUGUCGCACAGCGUUUGAUCGACCAGUUGCGGAAUCCAAAUUCUGAAAUAAACGCUGCAGUUGGAGCACCGGAUCCAACGGAUGGAGGUCAUGAUAAUGUUGCCAUUUGGUGCUUAGAUCAGCGUACACUGCACGAAAAUAUUCGUCGCAUACUGAUCAAAUUUUGUCUUCCUUCACCGACUGUGCAUUGUGAUGUGCAAUAUUUAUCAUCCAAUCAGCCACCUGCGGCUAGUGAGUGGUUGUCUCUUUUUCGACCUCACAGAGCAAAAGAGCCAGAAGGCUUAUGGAAUCUUUUAUCAAUUGUACGCGAGAUGUUCAAACGUCGUGAUGAAAAUGCAACCAGUCUUCUACAUAUUGUUACUGAAGAAUGCUUAGCUUGUUCACAGGUCUUGAUUUGGUGGUAUCAAACUGCUUUAUCUCAGUCCGGACAAUGGACGCUUUGCCCACCUUCUACGAAUAAAUCGAGUUCAUUAAUGUCAAGUCAGAAGACACCUCAACUAAACUGUGCAUCACUUUGUGAUGAAAUAGUGCAGUUGUGGAGACUUGCUGCUUUAAACCCACGUUUAUCGUCUUUUGAAAGGGAACAAUUGACUAGUUUCAUACAAAUAUAUCAUCGGAAUGCUGUGGAGAGGAUAUGGAAGUAUAUUUGUUUCCUAGCAAAUCCUGAAGCUUCAAUAUCAUCACAAGCAAGCAGCUUCAUUAUGUCAGUUGUUGAUCGACAGGGACAACGACUAUCCGCAGAAAAUGCCCGUUUUACUGCUGAUUUGUUUCCGGGAUUUCUAAGUGCUUUGAGGGCAUGCCAAAUUAGUUGGGAUAACACUAAUAUACAAGGACUAUUAUUUGGAUCGAAUAACAAUCUCUCAAGCGCUUAUUCAGUUACUGAUUUUUCAAAUAUAAAGUCCAGUCCAAAUAUUCCUGUUCUUCGUCGCCCCCUACGUGUUUCGGAAGAUACCUCUUUAUUAGAUAUUAGCACAUCAUUUUAUCGCGCAUCAGUAUAUGCAACUGGGACAAAUUAUUUCUCACUUCAUCAACAGGCUUCACGUAAAAGACGGAAAAAAUCAUCUCGCAUUUCCGGACGUCGUGGACAUCAGUUUGAAUUUCAUGAUGAGCGAUCUCUAAUCCGUGCUGUACGCGCCGCUGCUUGUGCUGCACGUGAAGUGGCCUUAGGUGAAGAUGUCGAAGAAGAUAGUGCUGAAUCAGGACAGGAAAGUGAGGCAGGUCCAUCAGUGUUAAGAAACAAUAAUCGGACAAACAGUUCAACAAAUCAUAAUGAAUCCGCUGCUACAUUCAGCAAUACGAAUUAUCCAAAAAAUGAUGUUGACGAAUUAUUUGCUAUUGCACAUGUACAACAAUCAAAUUGGGACAUCAAGUUCGCCAGAUGCGAAGCUCUAAUGUCUCAUGGAUAUGCACAUCAGGCAUGUGUAAUGGCAGUGGAACUUGCGGAAGAAAUGCUGCGCCGUCCUCCAAAUUUACUUCAUCACUCAGUGAAUUAUCCAGAACUAUCUGCAAUACAGCGGCAUAGGAGAAGGCGAUUUUCGCAGUCAAGUGCUGCUACUCCUUCUAUCUUAGAAACUUCUCUUUUUGAACUUGACGAACAACUUAUUGAAAAAUCACAAUUAGCAGAAAACAUAUAUACAAGAACACUCUUUCUGGUGCAAACAUUAAUGAAGGAGCCAAAAACACAUCGAUUGGCUUUUACACUUGCGAUAUCUGUACUUGAAUUACCUCGUAGUCCUGCUGCGAACAAAUUCCUGGAAGUCAAACUCUACUACUUGAAACAUAAUUUUGAUGAUUUUGUUAAGGAAACAGAGCUGAUUAGCUUGUUGCGAAGAAUAGAAAUUGGUGCUCCGGAACUGCAAAUAAUCAGAGAUCGAGCAAGGAAAUUCGUAGAAAAUUCUGUUCUCUUAGCCUCUGUACCGCAGCCUUGCGUUUUGCCUAUUUCCCUAGGCCAUUAUAUUCUAGACUCUUUGUCAUUCUCUCACAAUACCUGUCAAGGACGUCGCACCUCAAGCGGUAUUGUGACGAAAAGUGGUGUACAGAGACGCCCUUGUGAUGAAGAACUAGCUAUAAAAGUCGCUCUAGAAGCAUUGGGUAUGAAAUUAGUGGUUUCCGAAGCAGAUUACCCUAUGCUGUGUGAAAGCACACGACUGCAGCGUGGUGAUCUGGCACUCACAAUGCUAUUAAGGUACAAAGACAAUAAUGAUAAACUAGCUUUAGUACUGGACAAGCUGCUGGAUCCAACUAUGCAUCGCAUGUACAGAGAUCAUCAUUCCAAUGCUGCAUUUUUCUUAGAGCAAGAUCCAUUGUACAAAAAAUAUUUUAAUGGCCAACGACCGCAUUUUCCUUUUAAGGAUGAAUUUCAUCAUACCGAAUUCAACGAGACUUCAAAUGGGUUGUCCGGCACUGAAACUAGUACUGCGAUUACUGAAAAUACGCAUGAAAAAAGGAUGGUAUACGUUGCACCGAGUAGCAACAAAGAUGAGGCUGAACAGCUUAUUAGUAGUUUUAUUCGUUUAUCGCACGACUCACCUGACGAUUCAUCACCAGCAACAUCUGCAAGUAGGCGACGAUCAUCGGAUGAAAGUAAUGACAGUCCAUAUGACGAAAGUAGCAGCUCAGGAAUUUCAAGAUGUUUGCCGCGUGAUAUAUUACAUGAAAGUCAUUCACAGUACGUGGGUAUAGCGGAUCCACCAUCGCCAGCCCACCGUCUUUCAAAUAUUCUAACUGUGGAUAGUACAAGCGAAUUCCCUUCAUCACCUGCAGGUCAUCCAGUAGAGUUGAGUAAUAUAUUUUAUCGACAUAACAGACGAAAGCCGAUCCCUAGUUUGCCCAAUCAAGCUUCGGAAGGACAAGCACAUUGCAUGAUGGAACUUGCAAAACGUCUUCUUCUGGAAGCGGGUGGUAGUCAGAGUACAGUUAUUUUUAAUGCCUCACAAGGCAGUCAAAACAAUCCACAACGCAAUGGUCCUCACCGACAACUGCAUAUUUGUUCAUUCCUAAUUGGACUCUAUGCUCUGGGCUUGAACAACUUAUUGUCUGCAAGUUGGCAAACUCGAACAUAUAGUACCAAUGUUAGUUGGAUACAUGGUCAUGCGAUCGAAAUUGGUUGUGCUGCUAUCAAAAUUGUUGAACGAGUCUGGGAAGCACAUUUUACACCUACAGAGGUCGCUGCGUUGGCCGACAAGGCUAGUCUGAGCCGUGAUCCAUGCAUGGUUGAAGCUGCUGCAAAACUUGCAUUGAGCGUAUUACCGAAGGCAUAUGCUUUGACAGCUGCAGAAAGUCAAAAAGCUUUGCAUCAGUGCAAGGAGCAAAGUUCUGAGAUGCUUGAAAAAGCAUGUCGCGCUGUUGAACAGGCAGCUGAAAAAGAUGGUGUGUAUCCGGAAGUAUUGUUUAAAGUUGCCAGACAUUGGUUCGAUUUGUUUGUGGAUUCUGAAUCUGUUAGUAGUCCACAGACAAGCUUUCAGAAUACUUCACCGCAACAUCUGACUGGGUUUUCUCAGUUACACAGUGAUAUUUUGCAGUCACAGACUCAUGAAAGCAUUUAUUCUACAAAUCCGCAAGCGCUACAACUACCUGUUCAGUGCAGACCUGUGCCGUAUGCGGCAGCUUCAUAUCAUUUCAUGCCUCCUCACCAUCAUCUUCAUCAAGCAGGGCCACAUCGCCCUCCACUCUAUGUGACUCCGGUAUCAUGUACUCAACCGCAAGUUGGAAUUCACUAUUCUCAACGAGGACCGUUACCAGUUGGUGCUAUGUCGAUGGUACCGAGACAACAACCAAGUACUAUUUAUCCCUCUCCUGUAGUUGGUGCUGCACCAUCACGAGCCUUGCACAUUAGUCAUUCGGCUCCAAAUUUAAGUCCGAUGCAAGCUGUUCAGAUCUCUAGGCGCAAUCAGCCGUUGACUGUUUUGCAACAACCUCUUUGUCUUGGUGCAGGAGCGACCCGUUGUCAGUUUCCAACUGUAGGGGAACAGUGCAUUCAACCUAUUCCAAUAAGUGACGCUCUGCGACAUCAUUUACCUCCGCCUGCAUCGCUUGUACUUUGUCAUUCAGCCUCACAACCAGUCACAUAUUUUGGGCAAACAACUCCUCAGCCUUCCAUAAAUGUUCCGCUACCGUCACCAAGUGCAUCAGUUGUUGGAGAUCCUCGUAUGGCGAAACUUGUUCAUGCUCAUCGUGUCGGAAUGAUAGCAAUGGAAACAAUGGGAAAUCGAAACUUGGAUGAUAAUCGCAGCUACGCGAAAUUUUCACAAAACCCUGCUUACGCAGAAGACGUUCGUUGGUUGUUUACAGUGGCAACACGAUUAGGUGGUGUUUUCACCCAGAGUUUUUGUGAAGUGGCAGCUCGAUCUGUUGCAUCCCCAUUCGUUCUUUUUUCAUUAGCUGUUGAAUCAGCAAAGGUUUUUCAUUGGCAGAUGCCCUCUAUUAGCUACCAUUCGCAAGCUGUAAUUCACCCGAUUCGGCCUCAGUUAACCGCUGGCGUUCCAAAUGUGCGAACUGUGCUUCUGCAGAAUGGAUUUGCUCCGCCAACAGCCGAUCUGAUGCAACACUGCGUUGAGAUGUUUUAUGCUGCAUCGAGCUCUAAGCUUAGCCAUCCUCGCUUUGUCCCUUCAGAUGUUGAAGAGGUCGUUCAACUCGUUAAAACAGCAAAGGAAGCGUUCCAUUGGAUACCGGGGCCGGGGAAGUUAAUGUUUGAUGAUUUCAUGAGACAUGUUCGGAAGCAAAAAGCUUGUAAAAAGGAUGUUGCUCAAAGAAUCAAUGCUUGUGUUCAAAAUAUGAACUGA